AUGCAACAGGCCGAAACCCAACUCAAAUUUUGGGCGCCUAGUCGGGUUCGAUUCAACCUCACUCUCAUCCUGGCGGCGGCCGUUAUCCUCUUCGGCAUUUACCAGUUGAUCACCGAGGCGCGAUCCGGAGACCCACCACCCGCCGAAACCGGGCAGGUGCAGGAGGGUCAGCCAGGAGCGGGUGACGAGGCGCAGCAAUCGGGCCGACGCGGCGGUGGGUCCUGGCUCCUCAUUAUGGUCGGUAUUGGCGUCGGGGCCUACUCGUGGCUAACCUCGCCCCGUCAGUACAGGAUCUAUUCGGAUGCGUUGGUGAUCAUGUUCGGGACGCCGCGCAACCGGUCGAUUCACUUCAGCCAGAUUCAGGAGGCGGUGAAUGAUCGGGGCUUCAUGGGCGACCCGCUCCGGGGUGUACACGAUCAACCGACGGCGCAUCGCCAUUCAGGUACGCGACCCGGAGGAAUUCCACGCGCACCUGGAAUCUGCCAUGGCUGA